AAUAUAAUCAACCCGAAGCGAUAUCACAAUUUUUAGGGUAUAUAAAGAAGGUAUUAGAAAAGUUAAUUUACAACUUGAAGUAACCUUAAUCAAAAUGGUCAUUAAGUUUGCAUUAUUUUUGACAGCCAUUUUGGCGGGAGGCCAUGCAUUACCAAAACCUUACGUGGAGCGCGACAUGUCUAUGUUCUUCGAGCACGUGAACCCCGAGGCUCGCAUCGUGGGCGGACAUGCGGCUCCCAACGGCGCACACCCCCACAUGGGUGCUCUCACCAAUGGCGCUAACGUCAGGUCCUACCUCUGCGGGAGCUCCAUCCUCAGCCGAAGGACCAUCCUCACCGCCGCCCACUGCAUUGUCGCCGUACUUAACGGCAAUACUCUCAGCAGCUCUUUCCGCGUGACAGUCGGCACUAACCGCUGGAAUUCUGGCGGAGUCAUGCACGCCUUCCAGAGGCACUUCAUCCACCCUAACUACAAUUCGGCCUUGAUCACGAACGACCUGGGCAUGCUCCACACCUCCACUAACAUCAACUUUAAUAACCUCGUCCGGGCUAUCAAUAUUAACUAUGAUUUUGUCGGAGAGAGGGUCAACGUUAGAGUUGCUGGAUGGGGAAGAAUCAGGGCGGGCGGUGCUAUCUCUACCAACCUGCUGCAGCUGAACACGGCCACCAUCGACGGUAACCGGUGUGUACAGAACGUGCGCACCGUUGCCGCUAACCUAGGCAUCUGGGCUCCUCCCGUCAUACCAUCUAUCGAGAUCUGUACAUUCCACUCCCGCAACCACGGCACCUGCAAUGGUGACUCCGGCAGCCCGCUGGUGCGAACGGACCGCGGUCAGCAAAUUGGUGUUGUGUCGUGGGGCCUGCCUUGCGCAUUAGGCGCUCCUGACGUGUACGUAAGACUCAGUGCCUUCAGAGGCUGGGUCCAGGGUAACACGCUUACGUAACGUCUGCGUAGUUGAUCAAUUAAUAGUUUUGAUGUGUCAUCAACAUAGCCGGAUUUUUGUACUAAAACUAUUAAAUAUUGAUAGGAAUUAUAAAAAAA